ACAGAAUCCAUGGAGAAGAUCAAGACAGUGCUGGAACUGCUGCAGAGCAAGCACCGCAGCACCCUGGGCUAUGGCUUGGUGACCCUGUUGACGGUGGGUGGGGAGAAGAUCUUCUCCCAGGUGGUGUUCCAGUGUCCGUGCAACGCUACCUGGAACCUGCCCUAUGGCCUGGUGUUCCUGUUGGUGCCAGCGCUCGCACUCUUUCUCUUGGGCUAUGCGCUGAACACAAGCACCUGGCGCCUGCUCACCGGCUGCUGCUCCCGGAGCACGAGUUCCAGCUCCGGGUCGCACAGCGCACUGACAUGCUUGCAGAUCAACCUGGCCGCCGCGCUCGCGCCCCUCACCUGGGUGGCGGUGGGGCUGCUAGGGGGCUCCUUCUACGAGUGUGCUGUCAGCGGUAGCGCGCGCAUGGCGAAGUAUCUGUGCGGAAACCUCAACAGCAGCUGCGCUAUCAAACUACCGCAGGUUCCCUGCAACCAACAGGAGGCGGAGAUGCAGGACAUCCUGAAUCAGCUCAAGGCUCAGUCUCAGGUGAUAGGCUGGAUUCUAAUAGCGGCCAUCAUCAUUGUACUUCUUGUUGUGACGUCUAUCAUCCGAUGCUGUUCUCCAAUUAGUUAUCUGCACCUAAAAUUCUGGGAAAUAUAUUCUCAGAAGGAGGAGCAGAUUCUUCUAAGUCAAGCUACAGAGCACGCGACCCAGUUGGCAGACGAGAAUGUUAAGUGUUUUUUUGAAUGCAGGAAUCCGAAGGAUUGCUACACCCCAAGCAGUAAAGCCUGGAAGGAAAUCUCGGCGCUGUACACUUUUAAUCCCAAGAAGCAUUUUUACAGCCUGCUGCACAAGUACGUUAGUAGAAAGGAGAUGGAGAUGAGUGACCGUCUCUGCUCUAUGGAAGGAGAUACAGUGGUCCCUGUCCUUAGCUUUGUAGAUGCCUCUGACAUGGCCAGCACUGAUGGAAUGUGAUCUUACAAAUGAGCAGGAAAAAAAUUAUUUUGAAUUGUUGCUUCAUAUAAAAAAAUACACAUUACCAGGACAGGCUCCAAAGCUACAGAGAAACCCUGUCUCGAAAAACAAAAACAAAAACAAAAAAAUACACAUUAGUAUGUUAUAUGACUGCUUGCUUUCUUCCAAAUUGUGAGACUUUUAGAUCUGAAAUUGUAACAUAUGUUUAGCCCUUUUUCUUUUACUAUUUGUUUAAAAAACCUGAAGGAAAAUAAUUUACUCAAAAUGACAAUCUAGGUUAAAGUGUUAGAUCUUUAUUCUAGGUUUGUGUCAAAUAAGAACCAUCAGUGAAGGAACAAUUGAUCACAUCUUUCUGUUACAUUUUCUGACAUUAAUCUCAAGGUUGGGAUUUUGUUGUUGUUUGCAAAGACAAAGUAUUAGUAUUCUAACACGCGUGACAUUAUAGCUUGCCUUGUGCUAUAGUGGAGAGCACACUUUCUAGUCAGGCUUACUUCAAAUACUAUGAAAUUUAUGACUCGGAUAUGGUUUCUGUAUGAAAAUUAAUAAUGAAAAGGAAAACUGUAGGCAGUGAUAUUUUUUGCUUUUAAGGUCAAAGACUGGGUGUGGUAGCACACACCUUUGACCCUAUAAUCAGGAGGCAGAAGUAAGCAGGUUUCUGGAUUCGAGGCCACCCCAAAUUCCAGAUCUCAAACAAAAUAAAAUAAAACAAACAA